CCCUUUCCCCUUUCAGGCCUUGUUCCCCUUCUCUCUCCUGGUCACUUUCAGUCUACCCUCGACUCUUUCUGCUUUGACCUUUUUUUCGAACCCAUUUGGCCCAUUCGAAUCGUCUCUCUCCUCUCUCCACACAUUCAAAGCUAGAAUCCGCUCGCCCCAGCGGCAAACCAUUCAGUGCAAUUCAGUUCAGUUCAUUUCGUCCUAUUCCCCAUCUCCCUUUGUUCCUUGCAUCAUCUCGUGUCGACCGCAAACAGCGCCUUUCACCUCGAUCAUCUCGUCCUGUCCUUGGUUGUUCGCCUCUCAACAAAUCCAAUUCUCGCGACGUCCGGAUCUUCAUUCACGACGACAAGUCCCGGUCAAGAGAUAUCAUUAUCAGGGAGCGCAUCUUGAACUCUAAUCAUAAUGGCUGCGAACACAAAGUUCCUGCGAGAGUACAAGCUCGUUGUUGUAGGCGGCGGUGGUGUCGGCAAAUCCUGCUUGACUAUUCAGUUGAUCCAGAGCCAUUUCGUCGACGAGUAUGACCCCACGAUCGAAGACUCGUACCGAAAGCAGUGUGUCAUUGAUGAGGAGGUCGCACUGCUCGAUGUCCUCGACACAGCCGGCCAAGAGGAGUAUAGCGCCAUGCGCGAGCAGUACAUGCGAACCGGAGAGGGAUUUCUGCUAGUCUAUUCGAUUACUUCGCGACAAAGUUUUGAGGAAAUCACCACCUUCCAGCAACAGAUUCUGCGAGUCAAGGAUAAGGACUACUUCCCCAUGGUCGUUGUUGGCAACAAGUGCGAUCUGGAAGGCGACCGAGACGUUUCACGACAGGAGGGAGAGGCACUUGCAAGGUCGUUCGGUUGCAAGUUUAUCGAAACAUCCGCCAAGUCCCGAAUCAACGUCGACAAGGCCUUCUACGAUAUCGUACGAGAGAUCCGAAGAUAUAACCGUGAGAUGCAAGGCUACUCAACUGGCAGCGGCGGUACUUCAGGCGCGAACGGUCCCCCAAAGCCCAUGGAUAUGGACAACGGCGAGCAAGAAGCUGGAUGUUGUGCCAAGUGUGUACUGAUGUAAAGGGAAUAAUAUCUAAAGGCGAAAGGGCGCACAUCUCGAGACGAGGCGGGAUGCGAUCGGCAGGAUAUACCCGAUAUGUCCGGUUUCUGUCAACUGCACGCGACACGAUGUGAGGAUGCAAUAUAACCAAUAGGCUUUAGGAAGAGCACGGAGAUGAAAAAGUUGAUUGCAUCGGACGGGAGUCAGGAUCUGGGUUCAUAUUCACACUUGAUUUGGACGCAGCCUACGGAGGUACCCAGCGACAUGGGAUUUAGGGACCCGGUGUGCUUAUGACAAAGAAAAUGUCUUUGUGAGCAAUGCCGAUGGUUCAUGCUUAAUGACCCACGAUCCAUACGACAUGGAACAUGGAUCGGCGUUUCUCUGGAGUGGCUCGCUAUCUUGGACGUUGUGGAUAAACAAAGAAAAGAAUCGUCUUCAUACUGGAAGAGAGAGAAAGACAGGGGAGGGAGUCUGCUGCUGACAUUGCGUAUGCCAGAUGCAAUUAAAUGCAAUGCUACUCAUCCCUUCCUCAGGACCUCGCGAGAGAUAAAAUUCACCCGACCAUUUCCUUUUUUGUUUUGUGUUGCCGGGGAGGAUGAACUUUUCAAAGUACGGCUUCAGAUUCUCUAUAUCCUUAUUUCAUACAUGUAAUUUUUUGCUUCUCUUUUUCUAUUUGUCAAUCUCGAGGUCUCCUUCUCUCCAGCAGCAAUGGUUCAGUCAGACAAUACAAGUACACAUCCCUUUUCUUACGGUUCAAACACUUUCGUCUUUGUCCCUUGAUGCAGAACAUUCCGUUCAACUGUGUUGUCAGCCACAUGGCUUUCUAAUAAAACAAUCCGGAAUGCUUCAGAUCCGAGAUUCCUCGGUGCGUCCUUUGAGUUUCUUGUGCAUGACAGGGUGAAUAAGUCCCUGGUUCACUAUGUUAGGUCAGUCUCAGCCUAUCUGCGUCGACAUCUUGUUACGUAUGAAAACUGAUGAGUCAAUUACAAACCUAGGUUCUAUGUCUCAGAAACGCCAAACUCCGGAAUCCUCCCACCUUAAAUUCACAUGAACCAGUGUUUUCAGCCAUCCAUUAUCUAGACAGACACCUCUUCCCCAAGAACCCUGCCUGGGGUUAUCUCUCGACGCGGAUCGAGAAGUUCGCGCCCGAUAUUUAGAUUCCACAGCGGCUUGUCAAUCGCCUUUGGCUGGUUGUUCCCGUCGUUCUGUUCAUUCACAACCCAGUCAUUGCAAACAAGACAAGUCCAUGCCGUCGGCGCGCCUGUUACAAAACCAUCGACGUUCGCUGAAACAUUGACCUGCUCACUAGGCUUUUGCGCAAGACAACUGGGACACACUGCCUUCUUGAAGCGCGACAGCCGCCAUUCUUGCAUCAAUGCCGAGUGUUUCAUAACCUCUUCGGCAUAGUACAAUCUAUGGAACUGGCAAAGUGAUGUUCCUAGCAUUCUGUUGGCACACGAACAGCCUGUCAGAGCCUCGGUAUUGCUGAUGAACUUGGCGGCUUGCGAGGGGUCAUUGACGGGUUUCUGCAUGUUUUGGUAAUGCUCUGCAUCAGCUGCAAUGCCAUAUACCCGCCUGGCACCGACAGCUUGAUUCUGGGCCGCGUUCGGAGCACCGCUGCUCAUCUGACCAGCACAAUCAUUGCAGAGAUAAGCACGCAUGCUGAGCAGUUCACCUUCAGUUAUGGGAUUGUGCUCAUGCUGGAACAAGUACUUCACGUUGCCUCGGGUACAAUCAUUGCAUACUGGGAAGUAUCCUGGUGCUGUGUUGCGAUGGGCAGAACUCUGGCAAGUAGCCUGACCUUGCUCACCAGUGUCCCAAGAGCCACAUUUACCCCUUCCGCACUCUCCUGGCUCAGCGCAAUAACACCACGUCCUCUCACCCUUCUCCUCGUAAGGCACGUCACCAAGAACAUCACGUAAAGGUGCUGGUUGGUUUGUUUGACCAUUGACAAUGGAAAAGAGGCGCGGCCGAGACUCUUCUUUAGUCUCUUCAGACUUUGACUCAUGCCAUCCGUCCAUGUCAAUACCCUCGAGAUGAUUGAAGACCUUCCAGCGUGAGCUCGUUGGCUUUUCCUUAAACCGAGGUUUCUGGUCCGGACCGAAUGUGAAACCGAGGAAAGGAUUGAAAGCAUCUUGAUUGUUUGCGUUCUUGGGCACCCGGUUUCCGCGAGCCAUUCUCUCUUGGAAUGGCUUUUUGCCGCCUCUAGAGGUUUGAGGAUUGUGCCAGCGCUCCCCACGAUUCACCCGGGAGCGUUUAUAAUUCAAAAGAUCUGUAUAGGACAUCUCUUUGAAUUUGUCAAUUCCAUCUUGAGGUUGAUCUUGAGGCUGUGGACCAGUGAGUGGCUCUUGUUGGCCAUUUUCAACAUCAUGAGCCCCGGGCAGAGCCAGGAUGGCACUGUCAUCAGCAGAGAGCCGAUGUUGACCGGGUCCAACGUCUUCGGUUUCUUGCCCAUCUGCUAUACCUUGGUCUGGCGGCGAUUGUAGUGCUCGCAGCAGGGUGUUAGCCACGUAUCGAUCAUACGCAACUUCUUCGUUUUCUCGCUGAUCUGCUGGAUCUCGAGGUUGGCCCUUGUGCUGUGAAUGGGUAUCUAAUCGCUGUUGAACCAAGUUUCCGCAAUCUUGUUGGUAUGGCGGAACUUGGUUUGGGGACAUUUGUUGUCCUUGCUGCGACUGGCCAUACACCUCUUUGUCGGGUCUACUAUGUAUAUGCUGGUCUGCUGGGUCUUGAGAUGGCCGAAUUGGCUGUGGCUGCUGCGUAUGAG